AACACGGAGCCCCCUCGGCCUUACACGCACGGCGCGGUUUGUCUGCCCGCGGACGCCGUAGCAGCGCGGAAGUGUCUCCGUGGAAACGACAGGAGCCGGGCCCAGGGAUGGAGAAAUACGAGCGGAUCCGGGUGGUGGGGAGAGGGGCCUUCGGCAUCGUGCACCUGUGUCUGCGCAAGGCUGACCAGAAGCUGGUGAUCCUGAAGCAGAUCCCGGUGGAGCAGAUGAGCAAGGAUGAGCGGCUGGCAGCACAGAACGAGUGCCAGGUCCUCAAGCUGCUCAGCCACCCCAACGUCAUCGAGUACUACGAGAACUUCCUGGAGGACAAGGCGCUCAUGAUCGCCAUGGAAUACGCCCCAGGGGGCACUCUGGCAGAGUUCAUCCACAAGCGCUGCAAUUCCUUGCUGGAUGAGGACACCAUCCUGCACUUCUUCGUGCAGAUCCUCCUGGCCCUGCACCAUGUGCACACCAAGCAGAUCCUGCACCGUGACCUGAAGACCCAGAACAUCCUCCUGGACAAGCAUCGCAUGAUCGUCAAAAUCGGAGACUUUGGCAUCUCCAAAAUCUUGAGCAGCAAGAGCAAAGCCUACACGGUGGUGGGAACGCCGUGCUACAUCUCCCCAGAGCUCUGUGAAGGGAAGCCUUACAACCAGAAGAGUGACAUCUGGGCCCUGGGCUGUGUGCUCUACGAGCUCGCCAGCCUCAAGAGGGCUUUUGAAGCUGCGAACCUUCCUGCCUUAGUGUUGAAGAUCAUGAGCGGGACGUUUGCCCCAAUAUCGGAUCGAUACAGCCCCGACCUGCGCCAGCUUAUCCUCAGCAUGCUCAACCUGGAUCCUUCCAAGCGGCCCCAGCUGAAUGAGAUCAUGGCCCAGGCCAUCUGCAUUCGGCCCCUCCUGAACCUCUACACAGACGUGGGCAGCGUCAAAAUGAGGAGGCCUGAAAAGCCCUUGGCUCCGGUGCCAGCAGUGACCCACAGCCGGACAGGGGGACGGGCAAGCAGUGCCAGGCCAAGGGGUGUCCGAUGUGGUUCAGCCAGGACAGGAAUCCCACCUCCACUGUCAUCCAUCUACACGUGGGGCAGUGGGAUCACCACCCCUCUCCGCCUACCCAUGCUGAACACCGAGGUGGUGCAGGUCUCUGCUGGCAGGACACAGAAGGCUGGGGUCACCAAAUCCGGGAGGCUCAUCCUGUGGGAGGCUCCUCCCAUGGGUGCUGCUGGGGGCCCUUCUCUCCCAGGAGCCACCGAGCAGCUCCAGCCUCAGUUUGUGUCCCGCUUUCUGGAGGGCCAGUCUGGAGUGACCAUCAAACACGUGUCCUGCGGUGAUCUUUUCACAGCCUGCCUCACAGACAGGGGGAUAAUCAUGACCUUCGGCAGCGGCAGCAAUGGCUGUUUGGGGCACGGAAACUUCACGGAUGUGAGCCAGCCCAAGAUUGUGGAGGCUCUGUUGGGCUACGAGAUGGUGCAGGUGGCCUGUGGAGCGUCUCACGUCCUGGCGGUCUCCAACGAACGGGAAGUGUUUGCCUGGGGCAGGGGGGAUAAUGGUCGCCUUGGGCUGGGCACCCUGGAGUGCCACAACUGCCCCCAGCAGGUCACAGUCCCUCCAGAGCACGAGGCUCAGAAGGUCAUCUGUGGCAUUGAUUCCUCCAUGGUCCUCACAGUGAAGAACCAGAUCCUUGCUUGUGGGAGCAACAGGUGUAACAAGCUGGGCCUAGACCGGAUCAGCUCAGCAGAGGAGCCCUCCCCAGAGGACCAGGUGGAGGAGGCCACUGUGUUUGUGUGUGCCCAGUCAGCCCCCUUGAACCAAGAGCCCAUUGUGUGUGCUGACAUCGGCACAGCACAUUCAGCUGCUGUCACAGCCUCUGGCCACUGUUACACCUUUGGGAGCAACCAGCAUGGGCAGCUGGGCACCAACUCCUCCCGCAACAGCCGCGUGCCCCACCUGGUUGUGGGGCUGGAGACGAUGAAGGUCACCGUGGUGGCUUGUGGGGAUGCCUUCACUGUGGCCAUCGGAGCAGAUGGCGAGGUGUGCACGUGGGGGAAAGGAGCCCGGGGACGCCUGGGCAGGAAGGACGAGGAAACGGGAGUGCCGAGGCUGGUGCAGCUGGAGGAGACACAUCCAUACCUGGUGACCUCCGUAGCCUGCUGCCACGGGAACACACUGCUGGCAGUAAAGCCUCUGUGACACUGCCUCUCCCACUGGGCCAGGGGAGCAAAGGGAUGGCAGAGGCUGUCUCAUGCACUCCCAGACAGGUAGGCUGGCCAAGCUGCGGCCGGCGGGGAGCUGGCGUGCCAGCGGCCCACAGAGUAUCCAAAAAGAGCAGUUCUCUAAUUGAUGCUGCUGAAAUAGAAGCUGAGAUUUGAGGCGUCAUUUUGGCUGCUGCCUUUCCAUUGUGGUUUGGAAAAGAUAGUGAUGGUUUUGUGGUUCCUCUCUGCUCGGGCCAAAGGCAGCAUCGCAGCGCAGUUAAAACGUGCCCAUGGCGUGACCUGCCCUUCCGUUGCCUGGAUGUACAACGGGAGCCUGGCCCAGACUGCUGCAGGGGCCUUUCUUCCUCCUCUGCUGGGCUGAUUAUGGCCUCAGCCUGGGCUGAGGGAUUCCAGUCUCAGCCCACUUCAAGGAGGCUAAUUACAGCCCAGAGGGGAGGAGGCCCGGCUGAUGGCCCCGGCGCAGCGGAAUCGGCCCUGGCUCCCGUUCCUCCCCUGUGAGUGCCCAGCUCUCAUGUGAUGUGUGUUGCCACGUGAAGGGGACGGGAAUGGCCAAGUCCCCAGGCUCGGGAACAAGUAGGGCAUUUGUCACGGGAGUAAAAGGGUUUUGUCUCUACAGGAAGACUGCAGGCUGCUCUCCCCUUCCGCUGCUGGAGUUGCCCUGCACUCUGUGGCAGCUGGUUUAUGGGCUCCCACCUGCAGCACUGUAAGAGCAGGGACUGUGUAGCCCCACUGCUGUCCAACUGCCCGAAACGUUGUCCUGUCCCAGUACUGGGAGUGCAAACUCAGCGGUGUGAGGGCAACAGCCUCGCCUGCCCCAGCAUCCCUCAGCAACCAGUGUGCAAAAAAGCAUCAAGAGCUCUGUAAAGAGCUGAGAUCUGACUUUGGGCUUUCACACAGCUCAAUCUGCCUGGAAAUUUCUCCAGCAAAAACAGGAGAUCCAGUGACACAUGUGAUGUCAUUGCUGCUGUCAGCUCUGGCUGUUAUCUGGCCUGGGAGGGUGCUGGCACAGGCAAGCUGUGCUCCACCUUUGGGGUGGCCGUUCUGCUCCUCCUGUGGGGCCAACUCUGCUUUUGACUGGCUUGGACUGCUGCCCAGGUUAUCAUGAGCUGCUGCUGCACCCUCCUCUCAAUCCCACUGCAAACACAGAAUAACUGGGAGAAGCCAGGCUGGAGAGGAGGAGGAGGAGAGCACAAGCCUCAAGAGACUGCAUUUCGUCCUGUUUGGGCUCUGUGUGCUGGGCGUUGCCUAACUUUGUGCCACUACUGAGGUCUUGCAAUGGCUUCCUGUAGGGAAGGGGACAGGGAUUGUGGUGUCCAUCUGUUGGGUAUCAGGCCUGUGUGGGGCAGAACGUUUCUUGUAGCUUCAUCAAAGUGGGGCUUCCAGCUAAAUCUUGGUCUUUACCCUUUGUG